AUGGAGAAACAUCCUCAAUCACCGUUUGUUGAAUCUGUUUCCGCGCCAUUGACGUUCAGUGAUACACUCUCCCCACUGAGGACAACCACCAGCCGGCGGAGCGAUGUGCCUACUGCCCUUCGCUCGCCGUGGCGACAUUCGGUGUCGACUCGCCAUGGGCCCCUUCCAACAUCGCGAACGGUGAGGGAGUUUAGAGCGGGCCGCCAACGGCGCAGACUGUUCGCUCAAGGAUUCACGCAGUUCCUCAUCACCGUUAUUAUGUGCGGUCUGCUCGCGGUUUGCCUGGCCGUGUUCGGGAGACUUUCUUGGAUGUCGGUGCACCAAGUCAAGGCUUUCAAUGCGUUGAUUGUGCUGCUCUCUCUCUUCCUCGGGAACAAUCUAACAAGCUCGUUCAAGGAAAUGGCACUCAUUGUGCGGUGGAGGAUCUUGGCCGCAAAUUAUCGCUCACUCGACGAGUUCGACCUCAUCAUGCACUGCGAGAGCUUACGGAAAGUUUUGAAAUUGUGUUGGGUCGCUAGAGAACGUGGACGAGCUUUGUUCUGGCUCAACAAAACGCAACUACUGUGUUUAGUGUGGGUUGGCGUCAACAUCCUGCUCCAGAUCCUCGUUGCCCUGCUCGGUCUUACAUACAAUCUGGACACCUCAACUAUUCCGGCUCGGAGACUCGGUUUGAUCAGUAUCGCAAACUUUAGUAUCAUCGAUGAUCCAUGGACCACCACCGAUCCUGGUUUUGACUCACAGCUAGGCUCGUCAAACAUUUAUGGCAGUCAGUCUCAAUACUAUGCUUAUCAACCUGUUGAGCCAGAACUCAGUGGGGAUGCAGCUGUUUGGGGUCGACCGAGCAGCCCGACAAUAUACUACAACAAGAACUACACGACAUUCACCUAUGUGUUUGAAGACUCGAACCCUGCGAACCCUGAUCUCACACUUCUCAGCUAUCGAAACAUCAGCGCAACCACCACAUGCGUGAAACUUGAAAUUGUGCAAGGUGGCAAUGGCAGUAGUUCGAUCCUCACCUUCAUUGACGAGAACCGUGUACAACGGACGAUCAAUGUAGCUCGAGUGGGACCUGGAGCAAUGACAUACGUUGGCGUACUCAACUCGACCUGCGGUCCGCGUUGUACAAACAUCAUGGCACUGCAGAGUGCGAAUGGCGACACCAUUCCGACACCAUCAUUCUUCAGCUGCCAGAACACCAUGACACCGAUACAUGGCAUUGAACGCUAUUUGAUGGGCAACGCAACCGAGGCGGCAUUCCAGAUACCGGAGCUACAGACGCGAAUGCUCGCAGGCGCCAUCGGCUGGACAGGCUUCAACUUCACCAUGGGAGACACAUACCAGUAUGCACGUUACCCAACGCAAUCGUGGUGGAGUCCCAAUUUCCCAGCCAACGAGACCCGGAUCGCGAUGAACAUAAUGGAGUAUAGCAUUGGAGCCGUGGCGUCCUUCGACUACAACGGGCCCCGAAGCAACGUGACCGGAUACUAUCCGAUUCCAGCACAGGAGGUCGACAUCCAAUGGAAGUGGUCAGCGACCAUCCUCGUGGUCACACCGUUUGUCCACCUGAUCGCGCUGGUCUGUGUAAUUGCCUGGGGCAACUCGGCCAUCAUUCGAGACGCGAGUUGCCUGAGCACGGCGAAGCUGCUGCGGCCGAUCGUGGAGAAAUUGGGCGACAGCGGAUGUCUGCUGAGCGGGCAAGAAAUCGCUGAAGAGUUGGAGUCAGUCCGCGUCAAAUACGGCUGGAGGGAGCCCGCCUCUGCGUUGGUGUUCAGUAAUGAGAUCGACCAGCAUUAUGUCAGGCACGUUGAUAUCCUGGAGGAGCAUGAGGGGUUUGGGGAACAAGGCUCCAUGCCACAGGGGAGGUAUGAUGGAUUGGGCGUGGAAUCCGAUCGAAAAGACCAGUGUUUGCGAGAUUUCGAUGAGCGGGCAGCUUUGCUACAGAGGCGCAGAACACGGCGAUCCAUGAGUCUGUGA